AUGUCGACAUUCAUCUGGAGGAUGCCAAGUAAAUGGCAAAAGGAAGGCAAGUGUAGAGGGGUAGCUCUGUCGCAAGAACGUUUCCAGUUCUUCUUUGAUCACGAACACGACCUGCUGGAUGUGCUGGAAAAAGGGGUUCAUACCUUUAACGAGUGGGCUGUGGUCGUUGAAAGAUGGGUUGAAGAUCCGCCGGAUGACUAUCUCCAGUUUAUUCUGCUGUGGAUCCGUAUUAGUAAUAUCCCCAUUAAUUACUAUACGAAGGAAGCUAUAAUGGCGCUUGGAGAUCUGGUGGGGGAAGUCAAAGUCCUCAUUUUUGAUCCUCAGAAACCACAAACUCAACCUUAUGAAAGGGUUCAGGUGAGGUUCAACGUAGCGAACCCGCUGAGAAUGUCAAAGAUAGUAAAGAUUAAGGGAGGAAAGUCGGUGACCAUUCACUUCAACUAUGAAAGAAUUCAGAAGCGAUAUUUCACAUGUCAGAGAUUAAAUCACGAAUGA